AUGGUAAAAAAUUGUACUACGUUUGAUACUUUGAGGAGAUUUUUCCCUGAUGAAUUGAAUUCUGGAGAAUAUAAUUUUAAAGCUUCACCAUCCAAGAAAUAUUGCCCUAAUGAAACCUGCAAUAACGAUAUCGAUAAAGUCAAUGGUUAUUGCUUAUGGUUAUUUAAUCAAUUAUAUAAUGAUAAAAUAGAUUUUUCGAAUAAUGCAAAUUACCAUAUGAAUAUUAUUACGUAUAUUUUUGGGUGGUUAAGUUAUAAGUUAAAUCAAAAAACACAAAAUGGAAUCACUAAAUUAAGCGAGUUUUAUAAUAAGUAUAUGGAAAAUUUCAAUGUGUAUAAAAAACCCAUAGAUGGUGUUACGGAAUAUAAUAAUUAUAUUGAGCUUAUAAAUAAAAAUAAGGAAUUGAUGGAUAUUGAUAUUAAUGUUAUGUCUAAAUUUUAUGAUGCAUUUAAUAAUUUGUGUAAAAUGUAUAAUGAGCUUUCAAUGACGACGAAUAAUAAAGGCGAGGAAUAUUUAAAAUAUGUUGAGAAUUUUGCUAAAAAUUAUAAUGAUCUUAUUGAUGAAAAUUUUAAUGAUACAAAAGAUAAUUUAUUUAAACAAGUAUUGUAUGUUGCAUUAAACGAUUAUAAUUAUAUAAAAAGUACAUUAUCUGAAGAUUCUAUAAGGAAUAGAAUUCCAGAACUUCCAAAGGAAAAAAAAACACAAAUACCUUUAAGUUCUAAUGGAGGACAACUGGAUGAAGCAUCAACUGAAAUGACAGAAUCAAGUUCUGAAACUGAAGUAUCAAGUUCGAAAAUUAAAGUAUCAGGAUCUGAAACUGAUGUAUUAAUUUUGAAACCUGAAGUAUCAGAAUCCGAAACUAUACUAUCGAGUUCAUUGGUAAAAAACAAAUUAAUUAUAGUUUUACCUAUAUUAGUUGCAAUACCAAUUUUUUUGGGAAUUUCUUAUAAGUAUUCGUUAUUUGGAUUUCGGAAACGAGCUCAAAAACAAUAUUUAAGAGAAAAAAUAAAAAAAUAA